AGUUGCCGUUCGCUUUUGACGCAAGCAAGUUCUACCGGCCAAAUGGUGUGUGAAAAAAAUUAAAGCAAGCGAAGAGCAAAUUGCACAAUUCACUUUUUGGAUAAGAGAGCUGAAAAGAGAGCGUGCAAAAUAUGCAGUCAUUUAACAGCCGGCUGUUGUUGUUGUUGUUCUACUUCUUCCUCUUCUUCUUCUUAUUGUGCCUAAGUGUAACGAGGGCAAUAACAAUAGAUGAGCAAUGCAUGCACUCAAUCGAUAGCUGCGAUCGCUGCCUAAACACUCAUCUCAACUGCGCCUGGUGCACGGACAAGACGUAUCAGGUGCGCGGUCGUUGCUUCUCUCGCACGACGCUGCUGAGCUUCAAUUGCAGCGAGGCGGACAUUUAUGAGAAUCAGCCGAAGCAAGAACGAUUGCAGGAGCGACCGCUCAAGGACUAUGAGACGAGGGACGAACAGGCGGUGCAGGUGACCCCACAACGUGUUUUCCUCAAACUGGUCAAAGGCAACACGCAACGCGUCAAGCUGGGCUAUCGGGUGGCACGCAACAAUCCACUCGACCUGUACGUGCUGAUGGAUCUGACAUGGACGAUGCGCGAUGACAAGGAUACAUUGGAGCAGCUGGGCGCCAGAUUGACCCAAACGUUGCACAAUCUAACCGAUAAUUAUCGUCUGGGCUUUGGCUCGUUUGCCGAUAAGCCGGCAAUGCCAAUGAUAAUGCCUCAGUUGCGUGAGAAUCCCUGUGCCGCUGAACGGGAACGCUGUGAACCCACCUAUGGCUAUCGUCAUCAGCUGGAACUAACCGAUGAUAUUAAGGCAUUUAGUGCGGCAGUUGCGGGCAGCAAGAUAACUGCCAAUCUGGAUAAUCUGGAGGGUGGCCUCGAUGCUCUGAUGCAGGUGAUUGUCUGUCCGAAGGAGAUUGGCUGGAAGAAGCAGGCGCGCAAGGUGGUCAUCCUGGUCACCGAUGGCUUCAUGCACUUCGCUGGCGAUGGCCUCCUUGCUGGCAUUGUGCAGCGCAACGAUCGCCAGUGCCACUUGAACCAAGCCGGUGAGUAUACGGGCUCCUUGGUCUAUGACUAUCCAUCGCUGGAGGAGAUCUAUCGGGAGCUGCUGAGACGCAAGAUCAAUGUCAUAUUUGCGGUCACCGAGGAGGUGUUUGACACCUACAAGGAGCUAAGUGCACUCAUGCAGGAGAUCAGCAAUGUGGAAAUUUUGAGUGCAGAUUCUUCAAAUAUUUUGGAAUUGAUUAAAAAGAGCUAUGAGAGCUUCAUUAAGCGCACACAAUUCGGUGACAACAGUCCGGAUUUUAUUAAAAUGGAAUACUUUACGGAUUGUGCUGGACAAUUUCCAAAUCUGCGCCAGCGAAACUAUUGCAACAAUGUCGAUCUUGGCAAAGAGAUUGAGUUCUUUGUGGAUGUCACUUUAAUAGAUUAUCCGAAGAACGGUGUGUUGAACCAUAAAAUCCGCGUGGAGGAGGCUUCGCUGAACGAGUACAUGGACAUCGAUGUGGAGCUGCAGCAACCAUGUCCCUGUGUGGAGGAAUCCGAUCCGAUGGAUGAAUAUCGACGCUUCCAGUGCGAUAAUCAGGGCUAUUUGAAUUGUGGGAUGUGUGUGUGCGAUGAGGGCUGGACGGGCACAUUCUGCAACUGCCCCACCGAUCCAGCGAAUGCAACAACCAAUGAGGCACUACUGCGCACCUGCCGCCAGCCAUUGAAUCACGUGGCCAAUACCGACUCCGAUUUGGUGUGCUCCAAUCAUGGCGAAUGCGAUUGUGGCAGUUGCAACUGUGACCCGGGCUACACGGGCACCUAUUGUGAGUGCCUGGAGUGCUACGAUUGCGAUGAGAAUCGCGCCGAAUGCCAUUGUGGCCAGUGUGUCUGCAAGUACGGCUGGUCGGGCACACGUUGCAACUGCAAGGAGUCUGUGGAGGAGUGCAUUGGGCCAACGGGCGACAUCUGCUCGAAGCGUGGAAAUUGUGAUUGUGGCCUCUGCAGCUGCCAGGAGCCGUAUUUGGGCAAGUUCUGUGAGAUCGAUGCGGAGAAGAACAAAUUGUGCCAAUUCUACGAGCCAUGCGUCACCUGUCUCAUCGACCAGAAGCAGGGGCGCAAUGACUGUAAGAAUAUUAGUGAGAUCUGUUCGAGUGCCGAGUCGCACGAGCGCUUCAUCUAUUCCUUUGUCGAUGAACUGGAGGCGGAUGUGGUUUGCCUGGUGCGCAUUGUCAACAGUCAUGGCAUUCAGUGUGAUAGCUUCUUUGGCUAUAACGUCAUCGAUCGUGUCAACUAUUUGAACAUACAGGCUGUCGAAUGCGAGCCAGCGAAUCUAUAUGCGAUCUUUGGUGUCAUCUCACUGGCAACCGUCCUGCUUGGACUGUUCAUCAUUGGGCUGUUCUGGUGGUGCCUCCGCAUGAAGGAUGCACGCGAAUAUGCGCGUUUCAAAGAGGAGCAGGCGAACAGUGUUCGACAAGAGAAUCCCAUCUAUCGAAAUCCCAUCAGUCAUUUUGAAGUGCCCCGGUCAUUGAGCGUAAAACCCGAUGAGAAUCCAUUUUCCACUUAAAUCGAUAAAUAUUCCAUUAGCUAGUGUUGUUUGGGAAAAACUGGAGGGUCAGCAUGUACCAAAGCUAAGACAGUCUUUGAAAUGUCACUAAACUUGGAUAAGCAUACAGUUCUACAUAUGUUUUUUAAUUCUAAACUGGGAAACUACUUUUUAUUGUAAUUUACUUUUACUUCUAAUAGCAUUUCGUUUGUUUGUUGUAAAAAACAUAUUAUUCUACAUAAUUAUAAUUUAGUUGAAUAGGUUGCUAAGACCCCAAAGCUUUGAAUAGUAACAUUAAGCAUGGAGUAGAAUUACAAAUAAAACGCAUUUGUUAAAUGUUUAUAUA